GAAAUUGUUUAUAAUUAGUAUUAUUAAGAAAGCAAUUAUUACAGUCUGAAAAUGUUAAUAUUAUAUAAGAUAUAAAGAUACUCACUCGAAAAUUUAUGCAAAAUGGAUUCAAUUCAAGAAAACAUAUUAAGAGGCUUGCAGCAAUUAUUUGAGGUAUUAAAAACAGAAGCAGAAAUACAAAUAACUGAAAUAAUCAAUGUACCGAGAUCCGGUCCAACAAUCACAGAGUUAUCAAAAACUCCAGACAAUGAAAUUUCACAGAGAUUUUCUCCUGAAACACCUUACACGACUGAUCAAAGCUCAUCAAGAUUUAAACUAGAACUUACGGAUAUAGAGCAAAUGGAAGAAGAAAUCGAAAGAUUGCAAAAUUUUUUUCUAAAUACUAGUAGAGAAGUAGACGAGUUUUUAUAUAGCUAUGAAAAAAGAUUAAAUGAAAUGCAUGACUCUGCAGAAAAACUUUCAAGCUUUUUAUCGCCUACAGGAACUCCAAAAAGAACUACAGGUAUGGAAAUACUCUCGGGAGAAAAAUCAUUGUUGGACCAAAAUGAAACGCAAACAUCAAGCGGAAAUAAAGUAAUAUUUCCAAAUUCCUCACUCGAACAGUAUACGUUAUCAGGAGGAAGCCCUUAUUCAAAUCUUCCAGAAUUAAAAAGCAUUUCAACAGGAUCACUUUCUAUGGCUCAAAUUGUCGGAAAAUCAUCUCCAGAAACUGGAAACACUCAAAAUAUCGUAAGAUAUGUUAAGGUUACUAAAGAACAGAAAAGUCCAAUUGAUGCAAGAUCUACAGAUGUAGAAACUAUCCCUAAAUCUGUCGUUUCUCCGCAAAUUCGUGAAAAUAAAGAAACAACCGUACAAUCUAUCAGAAAACCAAUUACAUCUAUGCAAGUACCGCAACAUUCAGGACCUAUUAAAACUUCUCCAGAUAAAAUUCUAAGUACUCGUCCGCCUCUUAGUGCCAUUGAAAGAGUAGGACCAAUUCCAAAAUAUUCUGUCUCGCCAGGAACAUCCGCUGACGUAAAAAUUAUUCCAGAUUCAAAAGUAUCUAAAAUUAAUGGAAAAUCUUCUAAAAUAACUAAGUAUUCGGGAUUAUCUGUACACGAAAAGAAAACUACAGACAAUGCCUCUUGCAUAUCAAAUUUAGAAGUUUCCAAAAGUCAUGUAUCCCCUGAUAUAACAAUAGGAACAGUUUCUGGUUCUGGCAUUCCUUCCACAGUAACGCCAGAUGUAACAUCAAGUCCUGGAACUCAAAUGAAAUCUACCGAAGCGAAAUCUUCUCAACAUACAAAGGAAGAUAUAUCUAACACGUGGCCUUGGUCAGUAAAUCAAUUAGUUCGUAAUAAAUCUGAAGGAAAUCUUUUACAUAUUGAGUUUGAUUUAAGAGAAUAUCCUCCUGAAGAAAUUCGUGCGGGCGUAGUUAAUAACUGUUUAAUGGUAAGAGCAAAAAAGGCUACAGAAAUAAAUGAGCGAUCAAUCCAGAAAGAGUUUAAUUACGAUUUACGUCUUCCUGAAGGAACUAAAGCCGAAAAUAUCAAAAUAGAUUCGAGGGGAAAUGGAUUUUUCAUUUUGCAUGGCCCUCUUCCAAGUGUAAUCGAAAAACAAUAACAAAAUGAUAUUUUGGAAUAAUACAUUUUUAAUAUUUUCCUUCAAAUUUUAUGAAUAUUUAAAAAUAAAAUUAUUUUAAUUAAAACUGUA